AUGGGUUUAUCGAAAUUGAUGUCCCAAGCACUUGUGGGCAAGCAAUUCGAUGGUAUAUGGCACACGAGUGUUGUGGUCUACAACCGUGAAUACUUUUUUGGUCAAGAAGGAAUCAGUUGCUGCAGUCCUGGGUUAUUGCAAACCGGUCAAUUAGUGGAACGCAAACCAGUGGGGAGAACGCGCUAUACUGAUGAGGAGUUACGAAAAUAUAUUAGUGCAUUAUCACAGUCACUGUUUAAGCCUGGAUCUUAUGAGCUUCUAAAGCACAACUGUAACACAUUUUCUGCUCACCUUGUAAGGCACCUCACUGGCCAAGAAAUACCCGCAUACAUAACUAAUCUCCCGUCAGCUUUCCUGGAAACCCCUCUUGGGUCAGUAUUUCGAGGAGUCUCGGAGGGUGCUGUCUCGGCAAUUGGUCCUUCUACUUCUCGUAUUCCCAUGCAGACUGGCGUGCUGCACCGUCAAUUACUGUCGGCUACCGUUAGACCAAUUUUGUUCGACGAACCUCUUUCAUUUGAAUUUAGUCCAGGUGAGCUCUCAACCAUGUUCUCGGAGAGUACUGGAAUCGCUCUCCAGUGGGCCAACAGUGCCCUUCCUUACCUGCUGAAACUAAGUUCACCUCAACUGGAUUCGGCGGAUGUACCUAUCGAGGCCCUCCGUUUGCUUAGAUUUAACCGUUGGGCAACUUUUCGCCAAUGCAAAGCGAUAUGUGAAGUGUUUCGUUUAGCUAUGUGGCGCUCUCCUGAGUUGAUUCUCACGUGUUUGACCGACCCGGACGAAAGUCUGCACAAGUUACCUAAUACCUAUCCCUCCCCCACUGGUCAGAUAUCUCCAUCUAACUAUUUUGACUUGGAUGCAGCUAAGUCCCACUUGCUGUGCAACGUUUUUGCGCUCAGCUACGACUGGGAUUUGACUACUCUUCCCUUUGUUCCUUUAGAACCUGUAGCCGCUCUUUGUAUUCGGCUUAUUCGUUGCCAAGAUGAUGAGACUCAAUCUAAUGGUAAAUACUUGGCAAAAUCACCAGAACAUGAAAUGGCUGGCCUUGCAUUGACGGUGAAUUUCGCUAUGUGCCCCUUGGCUAACGAGUCCGAGGCGAUGGAGGUUGCCGCUUCCUUGUUUCAUUUGUUGAGCGUUAAAAAAUGUUUCAAGUAUCCCUUCGAAGCCCUCUAUGCUCUGAAAGCCAUUCAUGCACUCAUAGGAACCUUUCCAUCUAUUGCUGAUUUGGCAAAGACCUUGGAAAUCGUUAAUUACAUUCCCGAACUUCAAAGCCAGGUGGGACUUAUCGAAGGCGAUGUUGAAGCCAGCCCAUCUCACAUUGGCACCGUAAAGGCGAUAGUCAAUGAAAUUACAAGUCUAACCUGUACCGAGCAGAAUUUCAUCAUCAAGUCUGGUGCCCAGCGAUAUGCCUCUCAGCUUGGGCUCAUUCUAGUAAAUCCUGAUACCAGUCCUCGUGGAUGUAACAUUCCAAAGGAAGAUGAUGACUUCGACUUUGGCAGCGGUGCUGGUUUCUAUGUAAAUGCUACCCAAGAUCCGUGGUGCAAGCAUUACAAGAUGUAUGACUACGUCACGGUUGAACUUCCAGAACUAAUAGAGAAGAACUUCAAUGUUAUCUCUGGUAAAUACGGUCUUUUCGGGCAUAGUAUGGGAGGGCAUGGGGCGCUGAUGGUGGGUCUGCGAAACUCGGAUCGUUUCGUCUCCGUGUCUGCCUUCUCCGCUAUAUGCCAUCCCUCAGUCGUGCCUUGGGGCAUCAAGGCUUUCACGGGCUACCUUGGGGACGAUGCGGACUGGAGCGUUUAUGACACCGUGGAGUUGAUAAAAAAGCACAAAAUGCGUUUUGCUACACCGCCUCUCAUCGACCAGGGCGAUGCUGAUGAGUGGCUGGAGAAAAAUUUGAAGCCUGAAGACCUUGUAAAGGCCUGCGCUGAAACUGAUCAGGGGAUUAAUCUGCGCUACCACAAGGGCUACGACCACAGCUACUUUUUCAUUAGCACAUUCAUGGAAGACCAUCUUCAAUUUCAUGCGAAGAAUCUCACAUCACUAUAA